UUUGGACAGAGGCAUCAUUCCAGUCCUUAAGGUUAAGAGCUACUUGUGGAAUUAUUUAGGACUGCUUUGCUAGGUUCUAGGUUGCUGUUGAAUAACAAGCGCCAAGAUGCAGGUAUCAUCCGGUGAUAACACAUCAACUUUUCCUUAUGACGUGCUGCUAGGGAAUAACAGCUUGGCAGAUGAUGAAGAGACAUUCGCCAAUAAGACAACUUCACCGGUGAAUUUGACACGAGCCAUGCUGCUUGGUUUCACCCUUGGCGCCUUCAUAUCGGUGGCCAUUGUUGGCAACAUCAUGGUCAUUAUUUCUGUGGUCACCAACAAGCACCUACGGAUUCCUACCAACUACCUGAUUGUCAACCUUGCCAUAGCAGACUUAUUACUUAGCUCCACCGUAUUACCCUUUUCUGCAACCAAAGAAAUUGUUGGUUAUUGGGUUUUCGGCAGAAUCCUUUGUGAUGUCUGGGCGGCUAUGGACGUUCUGUGCUGCACUGCAUCAAUUUUCAGCUUGUGCACCAUCUCCAUUGAUAGAUAUAUUGGCGUGCGGCACUCUCUCCGCUAUCCUACUAUAGUGACCAGGAAAAGGACAAUUUUUUCCCUUCUCGGUGUCUGGAUUUUUUCAACUGUUAUCUCUAUCGGGCCAUUGUUGGGAUGGAAGGAACCGGCUCCACCUGACACCUCUGUCUGUGAUAUAACUACAGAAACCUUUUAUGCCAUCUGCUCUUCUUUGGCAUCAUUCUACAUCCCUUUGAUAGUCAUCUUAGUCAUGUACUGUAGAGUCUACGUGGUGGCCAAAAGGAUAACCAAGAACCUAGAAGCAGGUGUGAUGAAAGAAAUGAUGGAUUCCAAGGAGCUGACUCUCAGAAUCCAUUGCAGAAACAUGCAGGAUGAUUCCUCCAACAACAGUAAGGUGAAGAACAACCAGCCUCGCAGCUCCUUAUCCUUGAAAUUAUUCAAGUUCUCUAGGGAGAAGAAAGCUGCAAAGACCUUGGGAAUCGUUGUUGGAAUGUUCAUUUUAUGUUGGCUUCCAUUCUUCACAGUCAUGCCUCUCAGUUCGCUGUCUGAUCAACUGACGCCCCCGGUUACAUUGGAGAAAAUCAUCUUUUGGCUUGGAUACUUCAACAGCUGCAUCAACCCAAUAAUUUAUCCCUGCUCCAGCAAGGAGUUCAAGCGAGCCUUCCUCCGGAUCCUAACGUGUCAGUGGGGAAACAAAAAGCAUUUGGCAUUCCGGAGAUCUCAGUAUAGACCUCGGCCUGGCAGCGCAGUAUCCCAUUCCAGAAAAGAUUCACUUGAAGAAACUAGUCAAUUCAUAAACGGCAGCCAAAGGACCAUAGUGACCAAUGCCCCAAGCCCAAGAUUCUUGAGAAAUACAUGCCAGGAAAACAGGACACUGGAAAAGAAACAUCCCUAUUUCUCAGGAAAGCUAGAUCAUCACAAGCCUUUACAAAGCAAUGAACAAGACAUCCCCUGCAGUGUCUUCUCUUCCAAAGGGACUACAGAAUACAUAAAUGAUGCAUCUGUCCAAAAUGGGCUAUAAGCAUCUACUGAUCUGCUUGCCCCAGAUUUGGUUUCAUCUUACUGAUAGCAAACCUGGGAUCAACUGCUUGUUUAAAUACAUAAAGCUGUAUGAUGUGUAUCCUGCAGUCAGCAUCUGUGAAGUGUUGGUGGUUUCUUGAAUUCAAAUUGAAAUUUGUUGUGAGAGUCAACCUAGAAUUGAUCAAAAUUACUAGUUUGGACCAAAUGGGUUAAAUAAAAAUGGUCUUGCCAGGUCUAGGUUUGCUGCAAAUAGCUUUAAUAAAUAUAUCCACCUAGACAGGCUGCAGAUUAAAGAUGUGGUAGAGUUGACAAGGUCAGACCGAGCUAUAAACUCCAAUGAUGAUGAAUGAAUAGAUUUGAAGAGAAAGAGUAGUUAAAGAAAGUAGCUCUUAUCGACUGAAAAAAGACAUAAUCUGAUGUUUCCUGAAAUAAUAAGUAUGACAUUUCCAUCAUGCUGGCCUGACAAUGAUGACAUUUAUUGAUAAAGGUUGAAGAACCAUCAGUUCAUACAUGUUCUAAAGAACUUGAGAAGAAAUAUAAUAUGCUCCACAUACUUUCUUUAUAUGUGUGUUAAUAAGUGCCCUUUAAUUAUGCUACAUUUUGUGCUCUGAAAUAAGUAUAUUUGCUAUCCUUAAACAUUUAUAUUCUGACUGGCCUUACUCAUCCAUAUAUAGGCACAUUUGGAACAAAACCAAUUUUAUCUAAAGAUAAAAGAGGAAUUAUCAAUAAAAACACUAUAAGAGC